AGUCACUGGUCAAGUCGCAACAAGUUAAGUCGUUAUUUUCAAGCUUAAGAACUCAAACUUUCGUACGAUAACCAAACAAAAGAUACAUCCAAAGUGCAGAGAAUAUGUAUGGGAUUCUCCUUAGAAAUGUAUUUCUAUUGAUUACAUUAAGUGUUGUCGCUAACGCGGCUAUAACUGCUUAUGGAGUCUGUGUUAAUCCUCGCAAAGAAUCGGGCAUCUGUAUACAGAUUAAAGAUUGUGAUUAUUUUUUGAAUAUUCUAAAUAAUACGUCUAGUACAGGUCUUAAUCCAGCAGAUACCAAAUUUCUGAGAGAAAGCCAAUGUGGCCAUGAUAAUUCACAGGAUUCAGUAGCUAAGCAAGUGUUGGUUUGCUGUCCCAACAGUUAUCGCAACACAUUUACUACGCGAAACUCAGUUACGGAUAAAACAGAGCCCGGCAAUGUGUUACCCGAACCUGGUGUGUGUGGUAACAUUUUAUCGAAUCGCAUAUUGGGUGGAAAUGUAACGAAAAUUGAUGAAUUUCCAUGGAUGGCAUUACUGCAGUAUAAAACAGGACCCGAACUUUAUGGUUUCUACUGUGGCGGAAGUUUAAUAAAUUCUCGUUAUGUUUUAACCGCUGCUCACUGUCUCAAGUAUCCAGACACUUUGGAAUUACACAGUGUACGUUUAGGCGAAUGGAAUCUUACUUCUAAUCCUGAUUGUGAGAUCGAUACCCGUGGUCGCAAAGAUUGUGUGGAUCCCCACAGAGAUGUGCUCAUAGAUUAUGCGAUAGCUCAUCCACUUUAUGUGCGCACAUCUAAAGAUCAAUACCACGACAUUGCUCUGAUACGUAUGACCGAAAGUGUUAAAUCGACAUAUUUUAUAAUACCAAUUUGUUUGCCUUUGACGCCAAAUUUACGCAAUAAAAGAUUUACAUCUACAUCCAUGGAUGUUGCCGGCUGGGGUGUAACAGAAAAUGACGUGGAAAGUACAAUCAAAUUGAAAGUUAUGGUCGAUGUUUGGAAUACAACGGUUUGUCAGAAUACGUAUCGAAAACUAAAAAUGACCAUUAAUGAUCAAUAUCAAUUGUGUGCUGGUGGAGAGAGUGACAUUGAUACGUGCCGCGGUGACUCUGGUGGCCCGCUUAUGGUGACUCAACGUGUAAAGAAUAGAGAUGUUUAUUUCGCCAUUGGUAUUGUAUCGUAUGGUCCGGAUCCGUGUGGUAUUAAGGAUUAUCCGGGUGUGUAUGUCAGAGUUGGAAAUUAUGGCGAUUGGAUUGUAAAUAAUUUAUUGCCCUAAUGUGAAUAAAAUAAUGGGAUUAUAAUGAAUGCAAUAAAUGAUAUUGAAAGGAAAUAACAAA